AUGUCUCAGUUCCAGUGUCCGGCUGGUCCCAUGCCUGCCACCCCUGCUCCACUGCAGCUGGGGCAGCCUCAGCCAGGCUUUAGCAUCCCCUGCGCUGCAAGCACGUUGGCAUCUGAGAGCGCCAGUCAGCCUGUCAGGAGCUCCGCUCUCCCUGCCGGCUCAGCCACUCCCUACUCUACAGUCAAUGUAUCUAACAUGGCAAACCCUAAAGAGAAGACUCCAAUGUGUUUGGUGAAUGAGUUAGCCCGUUUCAACAAGCUCCAACCUGAGUAUAAGCUACUGAGUGAACAAGGACCAGCUCACUGCAAAAUUUUCUCAGUACGGCUCACGCUGGGAGAUCAGCACUGGGAUGCCGAGGGGACCAGCAUCAAAAAGGCCCAGCAUUCCGCUGCCACAUCUGCCUUGGCUGAGACUGUACUUCCCAAGCCCACCAUCAGGACACCACGUAACACAGGCAAGAAGCCAGACGGUAUGAUUCAAAUAAUGGAGUUAAAUGCAUUAUGCGCAAAACUUAAUAAAAAGCCCAUAUACAAACCCUUCGACCAAUACCCAAUGAGACCACCAAACAUGAAUUACGGUGUCCGUAUCCCGGGGCCCUAUCAGCGCUCUAUGCACCAUUACUACUACCCGUUUUCCGCCAUGGGACCAAUGUUAUACCACAUGGAACUAUCUAUCGGAGGUCAGCGCUUUGUAGGCAGAGGGCGUACGCGACAGCUUGCCAAACAGGAUGCUGCUGUGAAGGCUUUAAGAGUCCUACAGAAAGAGCCCAUAUUGCAGCAGAUGCCAGAGGUGAAAGAAGAGCCUGAGGAAGAGAACCUCAACAAAUCAGAAAUCAGUCAAGUUUUUGAGAUGGCAUUGAAGCGCAACCUACCUGUAAAUUUUGAGGUGUUAAAAGAAGAAGGCCCACCACACAUCAAGAGCUUUGUGGUGCGUGUUGUAGUGGGAGAGUUUACUGGAGAGGGAGAGGGUAAGAGUAAAAAGAUUGCCAAGAAGUUGGCAGCUGCUGCUGUGCUCGGUCAUUUGAAGAGUUUACCUCACAUACCCAGCGUGGAGAAGACGCUGCCACGUAUCAAGAAGAAAACCAAAUCCAUCAUCAAGCUGCAGACCAGCCCAGAAUACGGCCAGGGAAUGAAUCCCAUCAGCCGUCUGGCCCAGAUUCAGCAGGCCAAGAAGGAGAAGGAACCAGAAUAUACCUUGGUGAUGGAGAGAGGGCUGCCGAGGCGUCGUGAGUUCGUCAUGCAGGUCAGCGUCUGCGGACAGUCUGCCGAGGGUAUGGGGCCCAGUAAAAAGGUGGCCAAGAAGAAUGCAGCGGAAAAAUUAUUGGAAAUACUGGGAUAUAAAGUGCCUCAGCCUCAGCCCCCAAAACCGGCACUUAAAACUGAAGAGAGGGCCCCAGUAAAAAAACCUGGUGAUGGGCGUAAAGUGACAUUCUUUGAGCCCGGUUCAGGGGAGGAGGUACCACUCGGUUCCAAGGACGAAGAGUUCCGCCUGCCUUACUUGAGCCACCAGCAGCUGCCUGCAGGCAUCCUGCCUAUGGUGCCUGAGGUGGCUCAAGCGGUCGGGGCCUGCCAAGGACCACAGGCCAAGGACUACGGCCGAGCAACACCAAACCCAGGCAAGGCCAACGUCACUGCCAUAAUUGCCAACGAGCUAUUGUACGCCGGCACGUCCCAGACGGCUGAGGCUAUCCUUAAGAACAAAAAUAUCCUGAACCAGACGCCCCACGGGCCCCUCACCAGGUCCUCGGAGCAACUCGCUUACCUUGCAUCUGUGCAGGGUCUGCAGGUGGAAUACAAAGAUUUCCCUAAAAAUAAUAAGAAUGAGUUUGUAUCAUUGAUUAACUGCUCUUCUCAGCCACCACUCAUCAGCCAUGGAAUGGGAAAAGACAUAGAAUCCUGUCAUGAUAAGGCUGCACUUAAUAUAUUAAAACUGCUGUCUGAGUACGACCAGUUGUCAAAUGAGCGAACAGGAAAUGGAGCAGCUUCUGGGUGUGGCAAACAGGAUGUUGAGGGCGAGAAGCACCCCAAACCGGGUAAUUCAAGCACAAUGGCUUCGCCCCUGGACGGUGGCAUUUAG